UAGGUAGAAGAACUCCAUUAGAGGUUUAGCAAUUAGCAACCAUGGAGAUUCAGCAAUUUCCACCAUUUACUAUCACACCUCGCCAUUUCCACCCAAUUCCAAACUCUACCCACCACCCAGUUCUUGUUUCCCCAUUGAAACAGCAAAGAAAUUUGCUAAAACUAAGCCCUCUUUUUUGUUCUUCUUCUCAUAGCCAUCCUGUUAUGCAAGACCCAAUUUUGCAACAAGGGAAUGAACCUUUUGGGAAAAGUAGAGAUACCCAUUACAAGAAUUCAAGAAAAAAGAGGGUUUUUUUCUUGGAUGUUAAUCCUAUUUGUUACAAAGGAAGCAUUCCUUCUUUGCAAUCUUUUGCUCAUUGGAUUUCCCUUUUCUUCUCUCAAGUUAGCCUCACUGAUCCUGUUAUUGCUGUUAUUGAUGGAGAAAGAGGUAAUGAGUAUCGACGACAGUUGUUACCUUCCUAUAAAGCAAGUAGGAGGAAAUACUGGCAUCAGUUGCAAGGUGCAGUAAAAUCUCCAAGGAGUACGAUUGAAAGGUCACAUAGGCUCAUCUUGGAUGUCCUUCAGAACUGCAAUGUUCCUGUAGUUAAGAUUGAAUCACAUGAAGCAGAUGAUGUUAUAGCCACACUUGUAGAACAGGUUAUACAAAGGGGGCACCGAGUUGUCGUUGCCUCUCCUGACAAAGACUUCAAACAGCUGAUAUCUGAUGAUGUUCAAAUUGUCAUGCCAGUACCAGAGUUCAAUAGAUGGUCCUUUUACACCCUAAAACACUAUGUGGCACAGUACAAUUGUGAUCCAAGGUCUGAUUUGAGCCUGAGGUGCAUACUGGGUGAUGAGGUUGAUGGUGUUCCUGGAAUCCAGCAUGUUGUUCCUGGUUUUGGUCGAAAGACUGCUUUGAAGCUUUUGAAAAAGCACGGCACACUGGAGAAUUUACUUAAUGCUGCUUCAGUAAGAUCAGUAGGGAGGCAGUAUGCACAAGAUGCCCUUAUCAAGUAUGCUGAUUAUCUGCGCAGAAAUUAUGAAGUUCUCUCUCUGAAGAGGGAUGUCAGUAUCCAUAUUGAGGAGCAAUGGCUUAAUGAGAGGGAUGCGCGUAAUGACUCACUUGUUUUAUCCAACUUCCUCACUUCGCUGAAAGACAGUAGGAAUCUUAAUUCGCAAAAUAGAUCUCAUUCCAUUGGUUGAAAUUGCCUGAAGAAAGCAUUUUGUGAGUUUCUUCUUUACUUCCUUAU